AUGGAUAACAACUAGCAGGUUAACUUUCUGGAGGACCAAGAACAAUUUUAUGAAAAUAAUGAAUAUGAAUAGACUAUGGGAAGAUAAUUUGAAUCAGUCGUUGUCAUUAAAGAUGAAAAAGGUGAAGUACAAAAGAAAUACACAUUGACAAUUCAAAUAAUUAAAGCAAGUUACUUGUCUUCCAUAUUUGUUUAGAUUACCAAAAGCCUUACUUGGGAGGAUUAAAAAAUAAGAAGUCUGGUGCUUUAUUACAUCAUGCAUUUGCUCAAACUGACUAAUAUCGUAGAGAGCAUAAGGAAAAAAAUCAUAGAGACACACAAACCCAUUUUGAAUCCACAAAAUCAACUAUAAUGAUGAGAGAAUUUGGUACUUAAAUGGAAAAGGAGGAUCUAUUCAUUGAUUUAAGAAAUGAUAGAACUUUUGAACCAAAAUUGUAACAGUUGUCUAAAACUUCUUAGAUAUUUUACAAGUGAAAUGUGGGAAGAACGAAGAGAAGAAGCUGCUUUAUUUAUUUAACGAUUAAUCAGAGGUUGGUUUGCCAGGAGAAGAACUAAUGCUUUGAGACAAAAAAAGCAGUAAUUACAAAAUGAAUAAUUGGAAAAAGAAGAGGAUUUUAGAAGACAAGAAGAAGUCAGACAUAAAAAAGAAAUAGAAAGAAGAACCAAUCCCAGAACCAAAGAAGAUUUCCAAAUUUUAUAUGAGGAAUUAGAAGUAUUUGCUAUUCAUCUAUAAAAAUCAGCUUUGGAGAACAACUGAAAUUGCGAGAAUCAAAUCUUCUGCCAUGUCUGAGGAGGAGAAGAGGGCAGCUCUUAAAUAAGUCUUAAAUAAGGAAACAGACUUACUGUAAACUAUUGACAGAUUGAAGAUUAUAGCUAAUCAAAAGAACAAGGAUGAGAAGAUCAAUAAAUUCUUGAAAUCUAUCUCAGAUCCUAAAAAAUGGUUAAGGAAAUCUGAUGGUAGAUUCACUGAAGUCCACACUCUCUAUACAACAAGAGCUAGAGAAUUGAUGGACAUCUAUAAUGGUACAAACUCUUUUUCUAUUUUCUAGGUUUAAAGCAAAGAAAACUUAGUUUAGAUGAAAGACUUGACAUUCUUGUUAAUACAAAAUGGACAGUAAAAGAAUGGGAUUGCAAUUUGACAAGGGAAAUAGUUGAUUUAAUAGAUAGAGAAGCAGAUAUGUUAAAUAGAGGUAGACCAGAACCUUCUUUGGAGGGUUUAAGACAAAGACUAUAGAAUUUGUUUCUGUAAUUCAUAGAAACACCAGAAUUUAAUCCAGAAGCAGCAAGAUUUUAGAAAAUCCCAUACGAAAUUCUAAAAUCCACUUCUUGAUCAAUAUCAAACACCAAAAGAGC